AACACUACACAAGUCGGCGCUUCGUGAAGAGGCUUAAUUUAUCGCUUCUUUUUCUUCUUUCAAAAAGCAMUUUUCUUUUGAAUAGUCUUUUAAAAAGAUUGUGAGCUCAUUUCAAGUCAUUUAAAAGGGGGGAAAAAAUAAAAAAACACUAUUGUUGAUGCCGACUAGGCUUAAUUGAAAUUGACAUGAAUUGUGUUUUGGGUGCUAAAAUUGAUUGCGAUCUUAAAAUGACUUCAGAUGCUUAUAGUUGUUUACGAAGGUGAAGCAAUGGAAAUAUACUGUUCUCUAAAAGCUGUUGUGGGGGGAAUUUGUGGCCCUGACCCAAAAAGUCGACAAAAAUCGUGRAAUAUCACUCCUGUKCUUGCUUGUCGAAAGGAGAUUUCUGGUCACGAGCGAAGCUUUCAGUUUUCUGGACACACAAAUGAAUVCGAUCUGAUCUUAAGCAGAGCAGGAUUGUUUACGUGCCCGAAGGACAUUGCAACUUGGACAAUUUGUCCUCUCCAUCGAUCAAAGUUAGGUUUGGGCUGGACAAGGAGGUCCACUGAGAGAUGUAGAGUUCCAGUUGGGAUCUCAAAACACGGAGAGGGGAACAGGAAGUGGCCAAAAGGGGAAAGAGGAAUUUCCAAAAUGGAAGCACAGGUGAUACUUAAACAAACUGGAAUGUUCGUUCAAGUUGGGUCAGCUUUAUGCGUGAACUGUAGGAAACGACUGAAAGAGUUACAAGAUAAUAAACAAGAAGAAACAGAUGUUGCUUUACAACUAAGUCAUGUGACACUGGUAAAUGCCUGCGUAAAUUUGAAGUUGGCAGACAAGAAAGAAUGAAUGAACAAAAGCAAGAGGGAGGGAGAAAGGGAAAAAGAAAGAA